UUGCUACAAUGAAGAAAAAGGUUCUCCUCAUGGGAAAGAGUGGUUCUGGAAAAACCAGUAUGAGGUCUAUAAUCUUUGCAAAUUAUAUUGCACGAGAUACUCGUCGGUUAGGAGCUACAAUUGAUGUCGAACACUCUCAUGUACGCUUCCUGGGAAAUCUUGUAUUGAAUUUAUGGGACUGUGGAGGUCAAGAAGCUUUUAUGGAGAAUUAUUUUGCUAGUCAAAGAGAUAAUAUAUUUAGGAAUGUGGAGGUACUUAUAUACGUUUUUGACGUUGAAUCUCGUGAAUUAGAGAAAGAUAUGCAUUAUUAUCAGUCAUGUCUGGAAGCUAUUUUACAAAGCUCACCAGAAGCCAAAAUAUUUUGUCUCAUUCAUAAAAUGGAUUUAGUGCAAGAAGAUCAAAGAGAUGUGGGAAACAUCGAAUCGGAAAGGCAUAAGCAUUAG